GAUCGUUUGACCCAGAAAGGCUUACGAAAUGCUUGGCUCUUAAAUAUAGCUUUCUACCGGCAAUUUACAAAUACAUAGCGAGCUAGCUAGCUAACAUCAUUGGCAUGACUAACAAGCUGGUUAGACAAAGUUAGUGGUACUAACAACAUAUGAACAAUGUCACGCUUUAAAAGAGGUGCCAAAGGGGAUUCUAGAGCAGGAUUUAGAACAGAAAAAGAGGAACCGGCUGCUGUCCCUUAUGGAUUGUUGAAAACCGCCAGAAAAAGCGGGCAGCUCAAUUUGUCUGGGCGAGGGCUGACUGAAGUCCCACAAAGUGUCUGGAGGCUGAACUUAGACACACCUGAGGAGGCCAAACAGAACCUGUCCUUUGGGGCAGAUGAUCGCUGGUGGGACCAGACAGAUCUGACCAAGCUGCUUCUCUCUUCAAACAAGCUGGAAGCUCUGUCAGAGGAUGUCAAGCUGUUGCCAGCCCUUACUGUUUUGGAUGUCCAUGAUAAUCAGCUUACCUCUUUACCCACAUCUAUUGGAGAGUUGCAACAUCUUCAGAAACUCAGUCUGAGUCACAAUAAACUGAAAGAGAUACCGGAGGAGGUAUGGAGUCUGAAGAACCUCACCUGUCUCCAGCUGCAGCAGAAUCUACUGGAGCACCUGCCAGAGGGAGUGGGACUGCUCACUAACCUGGAUGAUAUCGAUCUUUCCAACAACCAGCUAACUGCCAUCCCUGACAGUCUGGGCAACUUGAACCAUCUGGUGAAGCUGAACCUCUCCCACAACAAGCUGAAGAGCCUCCCCUCAGGAAUCAGUGUCAUGAAAAAUUUGAGACUACUGGACUGCACACACAAUCAGCUUGAGAGCAUACCUCCUGUCUUGUCUCAAAUGGCGUCUUUAGAGCAGCUCUAUCUGAGACACAACAAACUGCGCUUUCUUCCUGAACUGCCCUCCUCAAGGCUCAAGGAGCUGCAUGUUGGUAAUAACCAGAUUGAGGUGCUGGAGGCAGAGCACCUGAAACACCUGAGCAUUCUGAGUGUAUUGGAGCUGAGGGACAACAAGGUGAAGACUCUCCCUGAGGAAAUCAAACUACUCCAAGGCCUGGAGCGCCUAGACCUAGUCAACAAUGACAUCAGCAGUCUGCCAGCUGCCCUUGCCCUCCUGCCCCAGCUGAAGAUCCUGACUCUAGAGGGCAACCCUCUGAGAGGCAUCCGCAGAGACCUCUUGACUAAAGGAACCAAUGAAUUGCUGAAGUACUUGAGGGGUCGAAUAAAAGAGGAUCCAGAUGGCAAAGGAGAUGAGCCUGACACUGCCAUGACUCUGCCCAGUCAGGCGAAAAUCAACGUGCACACAAUUAAAACACUGAAGACAUUGGACUACAGUGAGAAGCAGAUGGCAUGUGUUCCUGAUGAUGUGUUUGAUGCUGUGGGAAGUGAGCCCGUCGCCAGUGUCAACUUCAGCAAGAACCAGCUGGCUGCAGUGCCUCCCAGGGUUGUGGAGUUGAAGGAUUCUGUUUCUGACAUCAACCUGGGGUUUAACAAGCUGACCAGCCUCCCCUUGGAGUUCUGCAUGCUGCAGCAACUGGCACACAUAGACCUCAGAAACAAUCUUUUGACAUCUCUGCCAAUGGAAAUUGAGGCCCUAAUGAAACUGCGGAGCAUCACACUGUCAUUCAACAGGUUUAAGUUGUUCCCAGAGGUCCUGUACCGGGUUCCUAGCCUGGAGACCAUUCUUAUCAGUAAUAACCAAGUGGGAGCCAUUAACCCACUGCAGCUCAAAGCUCUGGACAAGCUGUCCACUCUGGACCUGCAGAACAAUGACAUCAUGCAGGUGCCACCUGAACUGGGCAACUGUACGAGCCUGAGAGCCCUCAUGCUGGAUGGAAAUCCUUUCCGCAACCCCAGAGCAGCCAUUGUAUCCAGAGGAACUGAUGCUGUCCUGGAGUACCUACGAAGCAGGAUCCCUACAUAGUCAACUGCAUUAAAGGCAAAUGAGAUACAACACACAAAACUACAACACCCCAAAUGAGAAAGUACAAUUUUAUGAUUAAUCAGUGUUUGAUUUUGCCUUGAAACUAACUGCCAUUAUUCUGUAAUAGUGUUCAUGACAUUCGAGCCUGAUGAUUUGAAGUGUACCUUCUCUUGUUUGAUCUAAGAUAUAAAGUUUGAAUGAUUACUACUGGGAGACUGCUGUAACAAUGUUUACAAGAUCUUCUACCAAUGGCAAUAUUUUAAUUGCAUUCCAAACUGAAAAGCCUGUCUUAGUGUGGGUUCCUUUUCUCAAUAUAUGGAAAAACAAUAGCAAUUCCACUGCUUAUUCUUUAGGAAAGUUUUGCAUUCAAUGUUUAAUAACAUAAUGCAUGGGUUUCAUUUUGAAUGUAUGGCAAUUGCAAGAUAAUCUGACACUUGUACUGAUUUGGCCUGUUUGAUACUCUGAUCCAAACGAGACAUUUUAAAAUGUUAUAUCAUUCUCAAGAAUUAAUUUGUAAUGACAUUGAGAUAUUUGUUGUUACACUAUCUAAUAGCCUGGGGAAAAAAACAUCUGUGUCCUUCAGUCACUUUUUAUGUGAGACAGAAGACCUUGUAUAAAAAUCACUACUUCUGUCUGCAUGCACUCUGUCAUUGUAUUCAUGAAAACUGAGUAAGACAAUUGAACCAUGUCUGUUUCACUGACUCCAACAACUAUAAUGAUUGAAAUCCAACCACAUUAAAUGUGUACAAGGCAGAUGUGUUUGGUGCUUUGAUCCUUUGUUAUUAUCUUUAAUAAAUACACAGUAUGAUACUGUUUAGAAAAAUA